UUCAUGUUCUUUUAUUCCAGAAUUCCAGUAUCAAAGUUAUACACCUUUAUUAGCUUACAGAGUACACACCGUCACUACGUGGUGAUCAUCACAACCUGAGGCAGAUGGACCCACGGAAGGUCUGGCAGGUACCCAGACUUAGCUGUAUCUGGUCUAGCAUCGUAUCCGGAGUCCUAUCGCGGUCUGAGAAUACGUCCGAUAAGGCCCAUGGGGUGAUACGUGAUACGGGCUUGAGGUCAUGGAGAGCACAGGGCCAGCGACCGAGUAAGAGCAGAGAGGAGCUAGAUAGAGAGAGGAGGAGAAGGGGGAGGCAGAGGAGGAGGCAUGCCUCGUAUGACUGCCUUUCCCGCCCUCUCCUGGUUGUGCCUCUUAUCAACAUUGUCGUCCCUCGGUCGUCACCACAAGACAUCUUCAUCAGGUCAAGGCAGGAAAAUCGAUAGGUCCUUCUCUCUUCCUAUCGUUUUCACUUGACGUUCCUCGAACCGCUUCGGCGCUGGCAAACGCCUCCCCUCUCAAAUGAACCCUCUUUUCUUCUUAGA